UUACUUUCUUAACGUUUUUAUAUUGCCUUAUUUUCUUCUAUAAUAUCGAGAUUUCCGACCAUAAUUAAUUUGUACCAAUUUUAGUGGAUCUCCUACAAAACUGCAGAAGAACACGGUGGUUUACUCGAAAUUCACCAUAGCUGAGGGGAGAGGGUCGGAAGGCGGUGGUGGUAGAGGAGAAGGCAUUGUGGACGGCAAUAUUGCGAAUUCGGCUGUGGCAACGGAGCUUUCGGACGGCCGAGUAGCCCUUGCCGUCACUUCGGGCACCACCACGACCAAAGCACUUCGGGACACGGACCAGCCGCUCGGUCCCACCACCCAGAAGCGCAUGGCUGCGCGAGAACGUGUUUUCGGUGGACUAGCGCUAUUCUUUUUUCUACUGUCUUUACUGCUAUUCGUCGGUUUAUUAUAUUUGUACCUCAACAAUGAAAACGAGGAUAUUUGCAUGUCACCGGGAUGCAUACGAACAGCAUCACAUAUCAACUUUUAA